AUGCCGGAGGCCGCGCCGUUGAGCGCGUUGCUUGCGCGUCGUUGUGCCCCUGCAUCCGACGUACGCGCCGCCGCUCAGCUGACCGUGCGAGCCGCGCCGCACUUGCUGGACCUGGCGGACGGCCUGUCGCUCACUGACCAGGAGAUCAUGGAGAAGUGGCGCUUAAACGGCGCAGAGGCGGCGAGGCAGGGCACGUGGAUGCACUGGACCUUCGAAGCGUACCUCAACCGUGUUCCCGUGUCCGAUGAGUCAGUUGAAUUCAAUUUGUUUUCGACAUUCUUGCGCUCGCUGGGGGGUCUGGUGGCUUUCCGCACCGAGUGGGCGAUCGUCGCGGAAAGCGAGGGGCUGGCUGGUUCCAUCGAUUUCGUGGCGCAGGACGACGCGGGUCGCCUGUUCAUCUACGACUGGAAGCGGUCCAAGAACUUGCGUUUCAAGUACGCCCACCAGUGGGGGGACAUGAAGUACCCAUUGCAACAGCUACCAGACUGCCAGGGGCAACAUUAUCGGGUUCAGCUCAACAUUUACAAAUGGAUCCUGGAGCGGUACUACGGCGUCCAAGUGGCCUCGAUGUCGGUGGUCUGCUUGCACCCAGACAACGGUGACAACCCAUUCGUUGACCACGUGCCCGAGAUUCCAGAGAUCGAGCUUCUCAUGGCCAUGCAACGUGACCGAUCCAGGGAGUUGCGGGCCAUGGCGUUGGAGGAUGGCAGCGAGGUUGACCCGUGGGGCGGCAUGGGCGACGAGGAGGGCGACUUCAACGGCGUGGUGCGCAUGGAGGAGGACGCCACGAGCCCACUUGAAGACGACCCUGAAUUGCACCACCCUGGCGACGCCGCGCUGCCCGCCGGGCCGCCGCCUGCGCGGCGCAGCCGCGCGCACUCGUCGGUGGGUGGCGAGGAGGACGCAGAUGGGGAGGCGCGGUCGGGCGCCGCGGGAAAUGCCCCGAACGUCACUUUGUUCAAGAGACGCCGCCUGAUGAUAGGAGCACAGACAUCGAAACAAGACUUCGAAAAAUUGUUCCCGGAGUGCAGGAAGAAGUCCGAGGACAGCCUGCGCGGCGUCGCCAAGGACACCAGCGGCCACGAUAGCACCCUCAUCGAGAAAACCAAACUGCUCAGGAAGGCCGUCCAAAAGAAGUUUGCUUCUUGGAACGAGGAGAGGCACGAGGACAUGGUUCGCCUGGCGUGCGGGGUUCUAGCCACGUACCGCUUGCGUCUCGUGGACCUCUUUAUCCGUGAACACGUGCUCUUGCUUUGGUUGAUCCAGGGCGACCUCCACAUGACUGCCCAUGAUGGGAAUUGCUGGUUCUACCAGAGCAGCAGCGGCGCCAUGCGGUUGUACGAGGGGCUACCGCCUGAGUCAGCCUUCGGCCGCGUGAAGGAAUACUUGCUGGCAUUAGAAGGAGUAUUCAGGCUGAUGCCCGCAGAUACCAGACGGGACGACCGCAGCCUCCUGGACGCCUUCGGCAGACUCGCGGGAGAAGACAUCGCAUCGUUCUGGAAUCAAUGCAAGGACGCUGCUAUCUUCUCGAAAGGGUCUGGGGCGAACAAGAAGCGCCUGGCGCCCGAGGAGGGGGCAGUGAGAUUUGCGGAAGAAGAGGCACCCGCGGCGGAGGCAGAGGAUGCGCCGACUAAGACAUGGAAUAUCCAUACGGCGGCAGCCAUCAGCAAGGUCGGACUGCAGUUGCAGAGGUCGCUGUUGGAUGGCAAGCUCAUACCUUAUUUCGUCGAAUGGUGCGAGACACCAGACCCUCGACAUGACCCUCAGUAUGUUCCUGGGUGUUGCUACGGCGACAUCUGCAUUCUGUACGAAAAGGCGCCUGGAGAGAUUGUCACGAAGGUGGACAAAUCGCCCCGGAACAAAAUCUACGUGUGCAUACCGCACCCACUUAUGGACCCCAUCGAGGAAGCAGUCUGGGAUGAGGUUACGACGUUCUAUGCUCAAUCCUUCUGGGGCAAUCUGAAGGUUUUCGAAUGCUUUCAAGCUGCGCACGCUCUGGCGAAGAGGGGAUUGAAUGUCGACCGCUGUUUCUUCGGCCGCAGCCCGGGCGGGGUUGGGCAAUCUCUGUAUAGCGCGCAUUUGAAUGCCGUAUACGCCCACAACCACAGGUACUUCGACCCGACAAUUUGGUACGACGACGGCGAACUCCGCAAACAGAUCGAGCAGCACGCCGGGUGCCUCAUCAUGACGGGCCAAGAAUCGCCCGAGACCACCAAGCGAACGCGGGACGACCUGUUCAAGAAGACGGUCUCUGGAGACGGCGCGGCAGGCAGGAGGCCGCACGGCGUGAUCACCAGGAUCUUGGAACUGAUCGGAUGGACCAGGUUGGACAUGAAUAAGCUUAUCAGAUUUUCAGGCGCACGGAAGAGACCUUUUGGGCCAUCCAUCGCAGAGCGCUCGGGUGGGAGGCCAAGGCGCGUUUUUUUCGACGGUGGGUUCCUGACAGAGCACUACCCUGAACACGAGCUCGACGGCGUGUUUGCCAGGAAGCCUUACUUGAAGAAGCUGCUCGUCGGCUCGCAGGCCGCGGGCGUGGCGCUGAAAAUCCAGGACGGCUUCGAGCGCAAGAACAGUCAAGAACGCCGCGGGCAGAUUAUCGAAGAAUACGCUGCCCUGGGCGGCGACGGUGGCCUGACCGAAGCUAUGAUGAGAGAGGCUUGCGGGCUGAAGCCGCGCCCCCGAGGCGCGGAGGACAAGUUCUAUGGUUUGCACUCUGUGGUGGGCCAGGGCGCAGAGGCCGCAGCGACGGCGAAGGACGUGGGGAAGGCCGUCGAAGCGCUACGGCCCGCAAUCCUGGAAGAGUGCAUGCAAAAGAAGAAAGACAACUUGAAUUUCACUACCUUCAAGAAGCUCAAGCUACCAGAGGUGCAGGCGCUCUCUGGCUACAGCAAGGAGGAGGUGUGGAACCUUCUGCGCAAGUCCAGCUUUGUGUUCGCCGUGAAGGCGUGGCCGUCUGGCGAGGGCGUGAUGCCGCGCAUUCCGAUCCCGAAGCCGUUUGCAGAUGUCUGCGACGCGAAGCCAUCGGGGUUGGAGAUGACGUUUCCCGAGCGCUACGCCAUGGACACGUUUGGCGAGUACGUCAAGGGGGCAGCGCACAGGAAGCACAUCGUCGAUAUUUUGUGCGAGCACUACAAGCUCGCGGUUCCGCGGCACCACGGAGGCAUGAACAAGACUGCCAGACAAAAGAAGGAAGACGUGUUUGCGAGAAUCCGGUCUUUCGAUGCGCACGAAAAGCUUUGCAACGGCCUUCUCUUCAAAUUCGACAGCAUCGCCGUGAACGGCAUCGCGCUGCGCAGCACGAAGCACCGCAGCAUUCUCCUUGAAUUCCGAAGCCGCCGCGUGGCAGAGGAGGCGGCGGCUCAGACGUGUUCCAGGAGAGCUUUGCAGCGGCUGUUGCCCGAGGCGAAAGACUUCGACAUAUCGAGCUGCAUGUUGUCGUUGACCAAGCAGUUACUUGAGAAGCUCGGCCUGCUUAGCUCGAUUCCCGACCGCUUGAGGGCGUUGCUAGUCAAGUGCGCCGAACAGCGAGACUCUGUGUGCACCGGCGAUCUUGGGGCCACCAGGGAGCAGGGCAAGCAACUUCUCGCGGAGCUGCUCGGUGGAUCCGCUGCGCCGGAGGAGCGCAAUGACGACCCCAUUGUGCAAGACGUGCAAGACUUGGCGAGAUACUUGCGCUGGUUAGCGUGCUCCUUGUUACCCGACGUGUACGACCAGAUGAGGAACGACUCGUCGAAAAUGUUCCCAGAGGCGUCCACGUUCUUCUACACGUGGUCGGCCGUCGAAGACCUCGUGCUCUCGCAUUGGCUUGAUUUCGUAUUGCGAAAGCCUCGGUCGCAUUGGACACUGCACUACGACGGCAUCCGGGUCCAGAAUCCAACGGGCGACAUCGACGCGGAGGAGUUCCGCGCGCAGAGUUGCGCGCACAUAGCGGCGCAGACGGGAUUCCUUGUGAACGUCCGAGAGAAGUGCCACAAGACUUUCUCCGCGCUGUUGCAGGAGCAAGGACGUCGUCAGGGAGACGGGGGAUCCGUCGACGGCGUCGACGACGUUCUGCUGGCAGAGGGCAACUGUCUCCUCCUGGCGUGCGCGCGGCUGAGCCCCAACCUGCUUGAAUUGGCUUCGGGGGCGGCGCGCAGUGACGCAGACGGUUCUGGCGAAGUUCCCUGCCGCGAGUACGCCGCCGUGCAAGAUUCGUUGAAGGUGGCCUUCACUCCGCGAGUUGGGUUCGAUAUCUGUGAAGCUGGUAAGUAUAUCAUUCAUGCAGGGGACAGCGGGAAGCCGCGCGGCGUGCCUUUCCACGUCGCGUCUUUGGACGAGGAGUGCAUCUUCUGGAUGGGGGCCGCCAGGUACUCGAUCUCGCUCACGUCUUUGAGGGAGUGCGCCGCUUCUGCCACCGACGAGAGUACCCUCGUUACUUUCGGUUUCGAAAGAAACCCUUCAGCGCCAGACGAUGCGCACCAGGGCGCGGAAAAGAAAGCAUCCGACAAGUUGCUGGAGCUCCGGGCCGGGGCCCGCAGCGAAACGGCAUCGACUGACAACGUCCCGAUGUGCAAGUUCCUUGUCGUUGCGAAGGAGGAGGUGUCCGAUUAUUUGGAAAGCCUAAGUGGAUACAGCAAAAGAGGGUCUGGCAAGAGACUGUUCAUGCACUCGUGCAGGCUGUGUCCGAAACGAUACUUCGCGUGGAAGAACAGGCUGGUUCAGCACGUGAAGAAACAUCACCAGAAGCGGACGUCUUUCGUUCCUUACAAGUGCAACAAGAUGUUCCGCAUUGCGAGGGCCAUCUAUGACAGUGACAAGAUGCGCGGCGUGACAGGCGGCACAUACCUGCAGAAGGCAGCGGCUCUGGUGCGCAAGCAGGCGAGCAAGGGACUGUCCAAGAAGGCUCACACGCAUUUGGACGAGCACAUGGUGCUCGUGUUUGAAGCAGGCGGGCCGAGGUACUACCCGCAAUCGGAGCUCUGCAAGAUGUUAGUUCGCCGGGUCGGUGGCUGCUACUCGACGCGGGGUUUCUACAAUCAGAUUUAUCGAGAUGCGUUGUUGGACGAUGGCCGCGUCGAGCGCGUCAUGAACGCAGCUUUCGAGCGGUCAGAGCAGGCGGGGAACUGCAUUACUUCGCUGAUGACAAGUCAUCAGACUACGUGGCAGAAUAUGAUCGCCGAUGUGUUCCGAGCUCCACAAGCGCGAGAGCAUUUCGCCCACUUGCUGGAGGAGUGCGAGGAUAACAGCGAGUUCAAGUGGGUGUCCAUCGACGGCACUGCGAAGCCGGCAUUUACUUUGGUCGGGCAAGUUUCGUAUAGAGCGCCACGGUGGGUUCGAGAGGAUCAGGCCGUUCCCAUUGAUGAUCAAUUCCACGCAGCGUUGACGAUGCGGGGCCGGACAGGCGCCGUGCUUUUGGCGACGCCGAUUCACACUGAGAAGACAGAAAACAUAUGUGGUGCUAUUUCAUCGGCUUUCUCAGCGUCGCAGCUGGCGCAAAUCCAGUUCAUCGCCACUGAUGAUCCGUCGGCGAAGCUGCUGGAUGGGCUACGAGACGUCUGCGGCAAUCUCAAGGCAAUCGCUCUGGACUGCUGCCAUCUCGCCAUGGUUUACGAGCAGGCCAACUGGGAAAAGAAGAGUCCUGGGAGCAUGGACACCCGUAAAAUCGUUGCGAAGCUCGAAGCAAAGUACGGCGCUGGGCCUCGCGGAGAUUUCUUCGACGGCACGAACGCCGCCGCGUCCACGCGGGGCGAGAGGGCUGCCCGCGGCGGCAUCGGGCGCAAAAGGAUCGCUUCCAGAAAAGCAAAGCGGAUCUGA